AUGGUGUUGGUCCUACGGACCGUGAACGGAUUUCGCUUCUGGCCUCUGGGCACGUCGGAACCGCAUGAGUUCACCGGGGUGGAGCACGUGCUACAGGCACAUAGAGAUGUGGGUAGAGGAAGCCUCAAAAAGCGAAGGCCGAGCUGUAGGUUACGUGACCUGCACCGAGUUGGUGGCUGA